AUGUUCGCUUACCAAGAACCCGCCUCUCGGUAUCCUCGAGGGAAACGGGUGCACACUCUUCCUCUCAGGACAUCUCCAUCAGCAGCUCGGAAAUGGGCGCUUCAAUCGGAGGCAGCCCCAGUCGAGUCCAUCGCCAUCACUCCGCCCGGCUCUUCUGUUGAUGACAUGUCAAGCGUCCGAGUUCAGCAACAGCAUGACCCGAACGAUGUUCUCCUGAUGGGCGGUUGUGACAUGGAUAUGGACAUGGCCAUGGACGAUUCGGACAACCUGUCAGCACAGCAGAUGCCAAAUCAAGGCUGCGACCCUGAGCACCACCUGGCUCCUGGACCACUGCAGCCGGACGACAUACAAUCGACAAUUGCCGGACGCAUACCGACGCCCCUGCAUCCAAGCUUUGCUGUCCAGGUCCGGGGUGGUAGCUGGGGCCAAGCCGGCGCGUCCUCAGCAUUACGCCACCCUGUACUUGAAGACGGCGACAUGCUUUCUGCAAGCCACGACCUUUCUGUGCCCCGGUCGCUUGACCAUGCGUCCAUGGGAGACUGGAGCAUUGUGCAGAACCGCUCUCUUCCCUCGCCUAUUAGUGAGAUCGGGGGCGAGGAGAGUCUAAACUCAGACAUGGCUCUCGAUCAAAUGUCUUACCACAGCGGCGGCUAUGGCGAUGGUGCUCUGCCGAUGUCGGCCCAUUCACCCUGUUACCAUGGAUCUGACUCACACCACUCACCCAUGCCGACGCCGACGCGGCCUUCGGCCUCGCCCAUGGAUGCGCUCUCGUUCCCGGCGUACGGAAGCGAUGUGGCGUCUGUGGACGGCGACCCGGCCUCGCAAUCCUCGCCUAGAAAAGGACAUACUCGCAGCCGCCACACCGUUGUCGCAUGGACACAGCAGCCCAGCAUGAAGAAGUCGUUCAGCAUAGGGUACCGCUCUGAUUGCGAGAAGUGCCGCAACCGAGUUCCGGGCCACUUCAACCAUAUUAUCGUGUCCUAG